AUUUUUAAACACUUUUUGAGGUGAAAUUAUCGAAGGACCCUGGCAAUACGAGACGAAGGAGUAUAUGUAUUAAUAAUCUGAGACUAGAAGGAGUAACGGUUCCUUUGAGAGUUGAGGUAGUCGAGAGAGUUCAAAGCAACAAAGGCCGAGCUGAUUGACUGCUGAGAAAUGGGUCGGUGCCGAACCGCGUCACGCUCCAGUGACGAUGACCCCAACCAGAGAUCCAAGAGAAAAAGGGCCGCUUUAUAUGCAGAGAAUUUAGAAACUUCAUCUACAGGCUUGGGAAUAACUGAAGGCAAAGCAUCACUAUAUCACUGUAAUUACUGCAACAAAGAUAUUUCAGGGAAGAUUCGCAUCAAGUGCGUCGUGUGUCAAGAUUUUGAUCUUUGCAUAGAGUGCUUCUCUGUUGGUGCUGAGGUGACACCUCAUAAAAGCAAUCAUCCAUAUCGGGUUAUGGAUAAUCUAUCUUUUCCACUUACAUCUCCAGAUUGGAGUGCAGAUGAAGAGAGGUUACUUCUUGAAGCCAUUGAAAUGUAUGGAUUUGGGCAUUGGAAUGACGUUGCAGACUAUGUUGGAACAAAAGGAAAACCUCAGUGUAUUGACCACUAUAAUGAUGUAUACAUGAACUCACCAUGUUUUCCUCUACCUGAUUUGUCUCAUGUUAUGGGAAAGAGCAAAGAGGAACUCCUUGCCAUGGCAAAGGGACAUCAAGUCAACAGAGAAUUUCCUCCAAAGGCAGAGCUUACUCUGAAAGAAGAGCCUCUCAUGUCUGAUGGAAUAAACUCUGAAGAAUCUAAAAAGGAAGAAGCCACUAAUCAAACAAUGUCUAGGCUAACCUCAGUAUGCGAUAAAGCUCUUUCAAGUACAAUCAAGAAGGCUUCCAAUGUGAGCCAAAAUAAUGAUAGAGUUAAGGUGGAAGUAGAAUCUCAAGCAGAUCGGAGCAUUGGUGAAAAGAAACCUAAAUUUUCUGGGGAAGAUAGGUCUUAUAUGAAAGAAUUAAGAGGAUACAAUUUUAAGAGAGGUGAAUUUGAUAUUGAAUACGACAAUGAUGCAGAGCAAGUUUUAGCAGAAAUGGAAUUUAAGGACACUGAUACUGAAGCUGAACAUGAAAUGAAACUGCAAGUGCUCCGUAUCUACUCAAAAAGGUUAGAUGAACGGAAGCGCAGAAAAAAUUUUAUACUUGAAAGAGAUUUACUAUGUCCCGAUCCUUUUGAGAAAUCUCUCUCACCUGAAGAGCUUCAAAUAUGUCAACCGUACAAGGUCUUCAUGCGGUUUCAUUCUAAAGAAGAGCAUGAGGAGUUGCUAAAAACUGUUAUUGAAGAACACCGGCUUGUCAAAAGAAUACAAGAUUUACAGGAAGCUCGAAUUGCUGGCUGUGUAACUGCUGUUGAAGCUUAUCGAUUUAUUGAACAAAAGAAGACAAAGGAAGCUGAACAAGGUGCCUGUAAAGAAAGUGGUCUGAUUGGAACAAGUGUUAAGACUUUACAGAGGCCGAUUUAUCCCAAAAUAGAGCUUGGUAGUAGCCCACGCGGUCUCCAUAAGGGCACUACAGCAUCAUUUGCUGGUAUCAAGGAUACACACACAGCCAUACAAGCUAUCACAAGGUCGCUAGAAGAAUGGGAUAUCAGUGAUUUUGAAGGGGCUGAAUUACUAUCUGAAUCUGUGAGAAAUUUCUCCCUUGUGUUUUUUAGCUCGUCAUUUGUCAUUUUUAUGUUGCUAUUUCUUUAUUAGCUUUGAUUGGCUUUUUUUGGGAUGGUGCUAUGUACAUCUAACCCUCCAUACACUUUUAUUGGGGUGGGGGGAGCAUUCUAUCUGAUUGGCUCUUCAUUUGUCUUU